AUGCGGGUAACCCGCGGCCGUAUGGCCUCGACCUUUAUCGAAACAGUUAAUAUCAAUCUGGAGGAUUUCUCUGAAACCUUUUUAACUUGUGCAACUUGCUUGUGCACUUACGAUCAGGAACGAAAGAAAGCGAAGCUUCUUUCAUGUUCUCAUACUGUAUGCCUGGAAUGUUUGUUACGUAUGGAGCAACUACCACAGGUGAUUGAAACAGGUAUUGUACGUUGUCCGCUCUGCCGUGAGAUGAUUACUUUACCUUCCGAUGGCUCGAAUGCAUUCCCUUCUUCAUUCCUCAUUAAUCAACUGCUUGAUUUGAUGCAGAAACAGCACAAAGAUGUUAUACCUAACUGUUCAAUACACCAACAAGAGCAGUUACUCUAUUGUGAAGCAUGCGAUCUCGUUUUCUGUCAGCACUGUGAUUCUCUUUCCACACGUGGCUGUUCUGAUCACACUGUGAUUCCUUUUUCAAUAGCAAUAAAGCGACUAUCGGAAAUCGUUGUAUAUAAAGCGAAUCAGUGUGUUGCAAGCUUGAACAGAGCUGCAACUAAUGUAAAAUGCGAGACGUUGCAGCUGGAUCGAAAUGUUGAUAAUGUUGUAGAAGGACUAAAUGCAUCGUUUCAAGAAAUAUGUCAGUUGGUGGAGAAUCGACGUCGUGAACUGAUCGAUGCAGUUCGAAUGAUGAGAGAUGAAAAGCAAAAAGUACUUCAUGACCAGACAGAACUGAUUGACUCAUACCGUAAGAAACUGGAAAGAGAAUUAGGAAUUUGCGAAGUGGAUGUGCGCGAAAUAGGAGCACGUACAAGACGCGUUAUGGCAGCUACUGAAGAAGCACUUGCGUUAACGGAACCUCGUGAAAAUGCUUUCUUGAAACUACACAUGGAUACCAAAAGGCUUCUCUUCGAGAUCGAAAAGUCACUUAGCCAGUUUGGUGCAGUUUCCGGUUCAACAACCUUCCCAGGACAGUGUGUUGUAGAGCUGUUGGAUACAUCCACUGUAUAUACGGAAACUCACUUAAUAUUGACAACAUACGAUGUCAGUGGUAAACGGCGAAGUAGUGGCGGUGAUCCAGUAAAGGUAGAAAUUGUCAAGGCGAAGUGGGAGGAGCAAAGUUCAGGUGAAAGCAGUGCUGAAAAAGUUGAAAUAAUUGACCCAAUAAUAAAAGAUAGCGAGGAUGGAACGUAUUCCAUUUGCUUCAUAGCCUACGAGCCGUGUGAAUACUUGGUUCGUGUAACGAUCUUUGGUAGGCCAAUAAAAAAUAGUCCUUUUUCCGUAAAUGUAAGUAGCCAUCACUGCCCAAAAUGGCAUUUCGGGUCUCGUGGAGCAGGAACACUCCAGCUGAAUCAGCCAGUAAAAGUAUUUCAAGAUUUGCGAGAGCAGAUUUAUAUUCUGGAUGCUGGAAAUAAUCGAAUAAAAGUUCUGAAUAUAAACGGAGAAUUUCUGAGGGAUAUUAAAAGUGAAGGAAUCAAAGGUGGUAGUACUGUUGGCAUGACAGUUUUGCCAUCCGGUGAUAUUUUAACCUUAAAUUGGAGAACCAAAGAACUGUGUAGAUGUGAUCCUUCUGGAGAGCUACUUCAGACCAUGAGUUUUACUGAAUUUGCGGAACCUAUUGAUCUUUGUAUCGAUAGCCGUGGACGAUACAUAAUUGCUGAUACUUCGUGUGUCAAGGUGUUCGUUUUCGAUAGUGCAUUUCGACCACUAUUCAGUUUUAGUGUGACAACUCACGCAGGUCCGUCCCCCAUAACAUGUGUUUGUGUUGGUCUUAAUGAUGAUAUUCUUGUGGGCACGUGUUCUGCGUUACUAUUAUAUGAUGGAGGAGGUCGUUUUAUACGUGAAAUAUCGUUAUGCUCAAUUACACAUCCUGGCCGGAUUAUGGCUCUAGCCUGUUCCGUGUGUUCCCAGACGGGCAACAUUGUGUCAGCUGUUGUGGAUUCAAAAAAAAAUCGCGCCUAUCUCGUUGUUUGCCAAUAUAAGGGUAAUUUCUUGUUUUCAAUGGAUAGCUAUGGAUCACGCCUAAAACGUCCUUGUGGUGUUUUUAUUGCCUCGUCACUUAAAUGGAGUGGAAUGUGCUUUGUGGUUGAUUCAGCGACCCACUCCGUCAAGGCUUUUCAUUAUAAAUAGUUUUUCUAUAUAAAGAAUUCCUCUGUUUUAAUUUCCUUGAAGCUUUCCAAAUCUUAUCUGUCUCAAAAACUGUAACUAACUGAACAUGGUUCUAAAUUUUCUUUUCCGGAAAAUGACGUAGGGAAAAUAGAGUUUACCAACUGAAAUAUUUCGAUUUCGUAAGAGC